AUGAGCAGUGCAACGGGGAUCGAGUCCCUUCCUAUCGAGCUCAUCUACCGCUGUAUCGACCUUACACGCCCGCACGAUCCCGAACACCGACGAGCCCGUCACAUCAUCAAGCAACUCGUCCCGCUGACCCUCGUCGCGAAACGAUGGAGGGACUAUGCGCAACAGUGCCUGUUCGAGAACGUGAUGCUGAUCGGUCCGCGGGAUGUCGAAAAGUACGGCGACGCUUUGGAGAUGCUCCAAGGACGGUUCGACACGUGCUGCCUCAUCAUCACCGCCGACGUCACAAGACCGGCGAAUCGGGCUUUGACAGUUGCCGGUCUCGAGGCUGAUGCCAAGUACGCCGAGCUCAUAAGUCGAGUUUUGUAUUUGACGACGGACGUACAAGAGCUGAGGCUGGUCCCCAAGAUAACCGUGGCGCCAGCGGUACUCAUGUUCGAGAACUUGUCAGGUCAGUUGGGACAAACCUUUGCCUACAUCGCAGAGGUGGAAAGGACUGAUCUAUCUUUUCGUUUUCGCCUUCACCUACAUUUCGAUUGGGUAGGCUUAGAAAAGCUCACUUUGGAAUGCUGCUUCUCAAGGUUGGAACCCGACGAGCUCGAGGACUGGCCCUUUUUUCAGCUCGAGUCCUUCACCUUCAUCCCCGCCGCGGGACUGGCGCAGUCCUCGCAGCUCAACAUGACUACGAUGGCGUUCGUCGAGUACGUCCUGAGUCGCUCGAUGUGGGGCACGCUCAAGCAUCUCGACUGGCGCCCUGGUUACGUGGACCUGGUGCAACCCGAAAUAACGGAAAGAGUUCGGACGGCUUCCGAGUCCGAGUACCUCGACAACUGGGCAACAGACACGACGGGCCUGGCAAGCGUCUGCUAAUCGCUCGAGUCACUGUCCUUGACAUUCUCCCUACCCGCCAGCGUCGAUACCAAUGUCACGUUCUCGCUAUUCCCUUCCCGCUGCUAUUAUUUACGCACGUUCUCGACCGAUGUGGAAUCUUUGCGGAUGUUGCUUCAACUCGAUUUGGAACCAACGUGGAUCCAGCACCUGAUUCUGCGCCAGGUUUCGAAUAUUUUGAGUUUGCUACACCUGCUGGAGUACCACAAGCAAGCGUUCCCAGCGCUUCGCACGCUUCGCGUCAUUCCUGACGAGGCAAGCCCCCGGGGGAACAACGAAGAUUGGGCAUGGCUGGAAGAAAACUGCGAAUCGAGGGGGAUUGAACUGGUGCGCGAGGCAUCUCAUCAGGAGGCUAGUGCAUGGUAA